AACACUGUGCUUCCUGCCCUGCUCUGGCUUCCUGCCGCUGGCUGGAGGUCUUCGAUUUGCCCUGGAGAGUCGUGGACCCCGGCCGUCUCUGAGGGGGUUAUUCCGCACGAACCGGCAUCGUCUGGAGAAACGGCUCCCCGUGCCCAGCCCAUCCUGUGGCAGAAGCUCUAGCGUCGGCGGAAUGCCCUACUAUGCCAAGGUUCCCGGGUGGGCGUGGCAGCCGUACCCCGGCGCCCGCCUCCGCUCUGCCCGCCCCCGCUCCCGCGCUGAGCCCGGAGAAUGCCGUCUCACCUCCUGCCGGAUUCAUUCCAUCCCGGACACGGAUUUAUCCCUUCAUCAGUCUCUCCGUUCCUCCGUCUCCACCGUCAGUGGCAUUAAAGCGAUUAACAGCGUGUCGGGGCUGCAGGUGUCUGCCAGCUGCUAUCUUUGCGCUUUUCACAGAGCUCAGAAUAAUCUCAGAGGUGUACAGUAUGCCUGGGAAAUAGUCCAAAGACAGUGAUAUUAAUUUCUCCGGUUUUUCUCCUUCGCCCUCAGUCUUGCGCUUAACCACAUAAACAGACACACACAGACACAGACACACAGACACACACACCCACAGACACAGACACACACACAUACGCACACUCGCACAAACCCACACACACACACACAUAUACACACACACAAGGAAUUUCCACUCAUCUCUCCCCUGCAGACAAUGGAGCUCAGUGUAUCACUUCCGGCAGAGGGCAAAGGUCAAGUAGAUUGACCUCUUCAGGGUGACUGAAAGCAUACAUUUCAAAAUCUCACUCUAGUCUUUAAAGGCCUACUUCUCUGAUUGGACCCUGGACCAGAAACCAGAAUUCUGACUGGGUUGCAGAACUACAUCUGAGCCCUGAUUGGAUCGUGGACAAGAAACAUUCCCUGAACUAGAACGUGGACCAGAAGCUGGGCUCCGAUUGGAUCCCUGGAGCUCUGAGCCACAGAGCCUUCCUUACAAACAGGACUGGGAUUGGUGCAGAUGGAGCAGGUCACCAGCAUCGUCCAUCUGCAGAUACCCGCUCAGCCCUCGCCCGGUGACCCAGCGGGGCCGAAGGGCGGCAAGGGCGGGGCUCAGCCCGGCCCCGCCCACCCCUGCGAGCAGCCGGGCGGGGCUCUGGAGGCCGGCGCGGGCGCGCUCCUGAUGGCGGGCGCGGGGGCGCUGAUCCUGGUCCUGCUGUGCGCCGUGCUGCUGCUGGUCCGCUACAGGCACCGCUGGGCCCAGAGCGGCUCCCUGCAGUACAUCAGCUUCCACCACUCCGCCCGCUACACCCUGAAGGACCCCUGCUCGUCGCCCACGCCCCCACCGCAGCCCGCCCCUCGACCGCCCUCCCUCCCGCCCUCGCUGCCCCUCCCGCCCCCGCCGCCCGUGUGCCCCGCGCCCCAGCCUCCGCCCUUCCAUCCGCCCCCGCCCCAAAUCCACCUGCUCCCGCCCCCGUCGCCCCACCCGGCCCCGCCCUUCGCCCACGCCGCCCCGCCCUUCAUCCACACCACCCCGCCCAGCCCCCUCCUGCCGGCCCCGGACAUGGUGGUGUACUCCCGAAUCGGGGUGAUGAGAACUUCCAGGCCCCCCAGCGCGAGUGGGAGCGGGACGCAGGUGAUCCUGUUUGAGCACUCCUCCCUGUGA